AUGGCGGAGCACGACCUCACGGCGCUGAUGGCAGCGCAUCUGGACCGGCACCUGGUGUUCCCGCUGCUGGAGUUCCUCCGGGAGCGGCAGCUCUACUCGGAGCUCGAGUUCCUGGAGGCCAAGAUCCGCCUCCUCAGUGGCACCAACAUGGUCGACUAUGCCAUGGACAUCCACAAGUCCCUCCACGGCACCGACGACGUCCCCGAGGACAUGGUCAAGCGCCGCGCCGAGGUCGUCUCCAGGCUCAGGUCGCUCGAGGAGGCCGCCGCCCCGCUCGUCGCCUUCCUCCAGAACCCGCAGCUCGUGCAGGAGCUCAGGCCCGACAAACAGUACAACAUCCACAUGCUCCAGGAGCGGUACCAGUUUGACCCAGCAAAACUGAAGAAACUUCGCCUAAGUUUCAAGGAGAAUGGUGGUACCCGUUACAGCUGGAAAUGCUUCUAUGAUGGGGCUGCUGCAUUAGUUUUGUUGAGUGGGCAGAAGGCUCAAGAGCUUGGCCUGCAAGUCCUUGCAAGGAUCAGAGGAUAUGUAGAUGCAGCUCAAGUGUUCUCGAAGCCCUCGUCGCAGCUGUCGCACGACUGGCACGAGAUCACCAUGCAGCCCACGCCGACGUGGUCGCCCGGCUUGAACCUCGUCACGUUCUUGCCCAACUCCGUCACCACUCCGGCGAUCUCGUGGCCAGGCACCAUGGGGUACAUGGCGUUGUUCCUCCACUCGUUCAUGAUGCUGUGA